UGCAACUAUGGGUAUUGUGAAGUUCCUGCGCUCCAAGUUGCUGAACAGGCGACGAGCCGCCGUCCAUGUCGACGGUGGGGAGAGUUGCUCGGGACGGUGUGGCGACGCAGUGGCGGAGGCGGCAGGGGUGACUGUGAAGAGGUUGGAGUGGGGAGAGAUCGAGAGAAUCACGGGGUGCUUCUCGGUGGUGGUUGGAGAAGGCGGGUUCAGCACCGUGUAUAUGGGGCGUUUGCCCGUCUGCGGAGGAGGCUCCGCCGCUGCCACAGCUGUCAAAGUCCACUGCGGCGGUGGAGAGCGGCUCAGCAUGGCCUUCAAGCAGGAGCUGGACGUGCUGCAUCGGCUCAAGCAUGAGAACAUCGUCAGGCUCCUCGGCUAUUGCGAUGAUGCAGAUCAAGGCGCGCUUAUAUUCGAAUACGUCUCUGGCGGAACACUCCAUGAACGCCUCCACGGCAGCGGCAGCAAUAAGCGCUCGACUCUCCCAUGGAAGAGCCGCGUGAAGAUUGCCUUCCAACUUGCGCAAGCGAUCGAACAUCUCCAUGAAAGAUGCACCCUCCACAUCAUCCAUGGCGACAUCAAAUCCUCCAAUGUUUUACUGGACGGUGACUCCAAUUGCAGGCUCUGCGACUUUGGAUCUGCGAAAAUGGGCUUCUCCUCUAUGAUACCGCCGCCAUGGCCGUCACCCUCAUCAUCCCCUUAUGUUAGGAGAAAGAAUAUUAUCGUGGGUUCUCUGGGCUACACUGAUCCAGUAUACUUGAGGAACGGAAUAGCCUCAAAGAAGAAUGACAUCUAUAGCUUCGGCGUCUUGGUCCUUGAGCUCGUGACCGGUUUGGAGGCGUUUCACGCGGACAAGGGACAGGUCUUGGCCUCAAUGGCAGCUCAUAUGACUAACGGUGUCGAUUGUAUGGAUGUCGGUGAGGUGAUGAAGAUGGUGGAUCCGAGAUUGAUAGGUGAUUUCGAUGUGGAAGAGGCGAGGAUUAUGAUUGGACUAGCGAGGUCAUGUCUAGAUGAGUCGACACUGGCUAGGCCGACGGCGAGCCGCGUGGUGAAGACGAUGAAAGAGAAGGUUCCUUCGAUUUCGUUCACGAACUUGAAUUCGAGGCACAAACUUUCUAAUGAUCUAUAGCCAAACAUGACCUAUGUUUGUGUGGAGAUCUACAUGUACAUGUGUGAAUUUUUAUGUUCAAAUGUGCAGUUGAUUUUAUCUCUUUUGACAUUUGGAGAACUUUGAAAGUUCGUGCCGUGUGUGCCGUGGCUUGCAAGAGAAGUUUGGCAAAGGGUUUGUCCACAUUGAUAAUUGUAUAAAUGCAAUAUAUUUCCUUUAUCUACAA